AUGGAAUUUCAUCCAUAUUUUGGGUUUCUUAUUACUUUGCAGGAAACUGUAAAACUUCUUCCCAGAAAUGGAAAGCUGCUAUUUUCAGUAACCAUAAUUUCCCUACUUCUGUCCUCAAUCUUCUUCUUGAUUUUCAACUUCUCGUCAUUUUCCUUGAUGAGAGACAUGCUUCCCAAAGAAUCCUUAUUCCCUAUGACCAGUUCUAACAGCGCCGAGUUUGCGACAAAGCUUAUGGGAAUAAAGGAAAACUUCCCACUUGUCCUAGCAACUUAUAUUGCAUUUGUUCUUUCUUAUUUAAUCAUCUCCUUCUUCUCGACAAUCAAUACAGUUUCUGUUUCAGCCAUGUCUUACAAUUUCAAAACCCUAACCUUAAAGGAAUUGACUUCAAAGUUUGUGAAAUCUUGUCCAAGAAUGUUCAUCACUGGUUUUUACACAACAAUUCUUGUCGCGGGAUUCACUUUCUUUGCCAUAUCUUUGGGCACUCCACUUCUCAUGUCUUCCGAUCUAGACAUUCUUGGAAGUGCCAUUUUGCUCGGAAUUCUUGCUUACAUAUUUUAUCUCUAUAUAUCUGUUGCAUGGAUUAUGGCCAUAGUGGUGACAGUACAUGAAGAAGAAAUUUGUGGGAUUCAAGCAUUAGGAAAAUCUGCAGAAAUUGUUAAGGGAAACAGAUUAAACGGUUUCAUAUUGAACAUUUUCUUGAAUCUGCUCUCUUUGGGUAUAUAUUUAGGUUCCAAGAUGAUUCAAGGUCAAACAUUUUCUGGGUUGUUUCUGGUGAUUUUUUCUUGUCUGGUGAAGAUUUUAACAUUUGUGAUAUACACAGUCUUUUACUUCCAGUGUAAGAAUGAAAAUGGGGAAGAAAUUGAAUUGCACGGAAGUACUGUAUAUAGCAAAAUUUCUACUACCCAUCUGGUCAAUGAUAUACCUUGA